AGGUCCUCAAGCCUGAGAAGGUAGAUAUGGAGAAUUGAAAGAAGGAAGAAGUGGGAGUUUUGUUUUGUCAAUGUACUAUUUUUUAUUUUGGUGAAUUAAGUCACAUAUGGAUCUUCUUUUUUACCUUGUUUUGGUUUCAACCCGUCCAGUUGGUGGCGGCAAUAAAACUUUUUAGGUGGUAGUCUGCCAUAAAACCCACAGAAGAAGAAGAGGCAGAAGAGUGGCACGCACGAUUGAGUGGAGGGGCCCGUUUUAAAGGGAAACCAAUGUUGAGGUUCGUGGUGGGAAUAGCGGGAUCUGGGACAGCUGCAGGCAUCGAGCGUCAUAAGACAAGCAGUGUGCCAUCCCCCUGUCUUCCUUUCAUGCCCCCCCCCAUGUCUGUCCUCCCUGCCUGUUAGUGUCCCCACCUUGUCCCCUCAUUGUCUGCCUUGUCCAGCCUGAAGCCCUCCUCUCCCUCAUGCUUUGAACAAAGACAGCACACUGUCAGUCCAAUGACUGCCUGGAUCGUCUUGCCUGUCAGCCUCUCUGCCUUCUCCAUCACAGGAAUAUGGAUAGUCUACGCCAUGGCUGUGAUGAAUCAUCACGUUUGUCCUGUGGAGAACUGGUCCUACAAUGUGACAUGUACAGAGGAGAUGGCCAGGCCAGGCUUCCCUAAGACAUGCUGCACCAUACAGGACAUCCCCCUCAUCAGUAAAUGUGGCUCCUUCCCCCCUGAGAGCUGUCUGUUCAGUCUGAUCGGGAACGUCGGAGGCUUCAUGGUGGUGAUGGUGUGCCUUCUGCGCUAUGCCCAGGUGAUUGAGCACAGCCACGGUUGCUGGAUUAACACCAAUGCCCUGUUGUCUGGCUGCACCAAUGCUGUAGGACUGGUCAUGGUGGGAAACUUCCAGGUUGACCAUGCCAAGUCUCUGCACUACGUUGGCGCGGGCGUGGCAUUCCCUGCGGGUCUGCUCUUCGUGUGCUUGCAGUGUGUUCUCACCUACCGGAUGGCCAUCACCGCCCUUGACUACUGGAUGGCACACGUCCGCGUAGCGCUGGCCGCAGGAGCCCUGGUCUCACUUGUCCUUAGUGGUAUCUUCUUCAUCCACGAGAGCUUUGUUCUUCAGCACGCAGCAGCCAUCUGCGAGUGGGUCUUCACCGUGGACAUCCUUGUCUUCUACGGCACCUUCACCUACGAGUUUGGCACGGUCACCAACGACACCAUGAUGGUCGGCCUGCAGCAGACCCACCACCACUCGGGGGUCAUGAUGGGCGGCACGGCCGGGGCCAUGUCGCUGGGCAUGGGAGCCAAGGGCCUAAAGUCCCCUGGAGGAAGCAGCACAUCCACCCAUCUCAACUGCACCCCAGAGAGCAUAGCCAUGUUGUAGCUCUGCAGGGGCCAAGGAGAUCACCACACUGCUGCAGAGGGGAACCACCACACAGGCAGCAGGAGUCGAUGAUGGCACUGGCCAGCCAGAGGGAGGAGACAAGACAUUGAAAAUCACAAGAUAUGAUUGACGCACCGGGUCGGUAUUGCUGUAUUGGGUUUUUGUGUUUUAAUAAGCCAUCCGCUUCUCCACUACGGUCGAAUUUCCUUCGCUUCAUCAGCAUAAAGGUACACUUACACAAAGAAUACAUAUCUGGGAUGAUGAGGGGCGAUGAUGCUGUGACUGUUUCCAAGAUGGCUACUGGCCUCUCUGCACUCUGACAUGAUACCUUCUUUCUUAAAGAUCAGUGUUUGAACAGUCACUGAGGCUUUUGCCAGUGUUCAUCCUUGUCAUGUUGGGAUGACAGACACAAAAUAAGGUUUAUUUUAUAUGCCAACUUUUGUUUUCUGCCACAUUUGACAGACUUCCUCUACCUGGCCAUGGCUUGUGGUGGGGCCCGGUCUCUCAUGCCAUUCAACUCUGCACGCUACAAUUUGAAUGAGAGAGUAGAGUGUGUCGUUGGAUUGACCAGACUGAGUUUUUUUUAAAUUUUGUCUGUACUCUGCCAAUGUUAAUGCAUCGUAAUAGAAAAUAUUGAAUGUUUGAGAAGUGGAACUAUAGAUUGUAUACUGUUAUGUACAUGACAGUUCAGCCUGGCCUCAGAGCAAUACGAAAUGUACUAAAUGUAUUUCUGAGCACCUCCAAGACGUAUGAUACCUACUAAUGGUUUAGUUACUUGACACAAACUAAAGUAGGGAGGUUGGUCAAAGAGGAUGGGUGGGCGUAACCCACGACAGACUAGCAAGCCAAAGGUUGCAUGUUUAGAAACGUCAGGGACAACUAUAGCAUUUUAGCUAACCCUGAUUGUAAACGUAUCCAAAUCCACCUAACCUUUGUCAUUUGUUCCCCUAACUGCCAAUGUUAAUUCUCCUUUGUUAUGGUGCAACAAGCAACCUGGUCUCAAAUAAAGAUGUGCAAUACUA